CAAGCAUAUAAAAUACCAUCAAGGCAUAUCAAUCCAGUUAACUAUAUCUCUUUCUUUCCUUUUUUCUCAUUACUUUCGUUAUAUCUAAAUGGUCAAUAAGGCUGCUUUCUUGUUUGUUCUUAGUACUCUUGCGGGUGAAUUGUUAGCUAGAUCUACAUAUGAGUCUAAUAACUACUCCAAUGUCAACCAGAAAUACUCUUCACUCAUGAAGAGAGAUGAUGUUGAAUGGACUUGCUCAAAUGAUGAUACGCCUUCCUUGAUGUUGACCCAUUUCGCUGCUGUCUUUUUUGGCGAUUUCUCAACUACCGGUGGACAAGAUAUUCUUGGUCCUCUUGCUGUCAAGGGCAAGUUCCAAGCCAACAAUUACAUGGUGAAUGCCAAUGGCAACCCUGAUUGUUCUGACCCUAAUGAUGUCAAAGGCUAUGCUCUUGUCGUUGAUGGCAAAGUAGAUGCUAGCGAUGUGCGUGUCAAGGGUGCUGCUCAAGUACCCAGCGGUACUACUGGUCUUCAAGAAACAGCAGGCUCUUGCAAGAUCAAUCAAGGCGGCAAAGGUAUUUACGACUUCAAUGAAGCUCGUAAAAAUGCUUUGGCUGCUUCCGAAAUUUUGGCUGGCAUGAAGCCCAACAUGGUCUUGAAUUCUGAUGGCAAAUUAUCUUCAAUUGGGUCAUCUACUGAUGGUUUUCAUGUACUCACUUUCAGUACCUGUAAUGAUGGAAAAUGUAAUCCUUUCCCGGGUGAUAUGUCUGAUCCUUCCGCUCUUCUCCAAGGCAAGGGUAACUGGAAUGGUCCUCAAGGCAUGAGCUGGCCUAAGUCUGGUACUCUUCUUCUUAAUAUUCCUGUUGAUAGUGGGUCUACUUUCACACUGUUGGGUAAUCUCGUCACCCAGGGAAUGGAUCCCUGUAGAGUUAUCUUCAAUUUUUAUUCCUCCAACAACAACGGCAAAUUCACUUCUGGCUCUUUCACUCUCAAGCGUCAAACUGGUAGCAAUUUAGGUGCAUUUGUAUUAGCUCCUCAAGCUAAUAUUAUUGAUGGUUCUACUGGUGCAUUUGCUGGCACUGUGAUCGGUAAAGACUACACUUGGGGCAGCAGCGGUAUUGAAAUUCACAACUACAAGGCUGCCGGAGGCACCUGCGAUACUUUCCAAGGCUGUAUUCCUAUCACUCAUCAUACACCCCCUCCUCCUGUAGUCAUCACUACCACUACCACUACAAAAUCAUCUACUACUACAUCUACUACCGGCGCUAACACAACUAAAUCUUCUACUACCACUAGCACUGGUACAACAACAACUACUGGUUGUCAAAUGACUACAACUCCUGCUACUUCUACUACUUCUGAUCAUAAAAGCACCACUACUACCUCUUGCAACCAUCAAAAGACUACUACAACCAGCUGCAACCACACCAAGACAACUACUAGUAACCACCACAAAACCACUACUGACUGCAAUCAUAGCAAGACAACUACUGGUAAACAUCAUAAGACAACUGCUAGCUGUAGCCACCACAAAAUCACCACAACUGGAUGUAACCACAGUAAGACAACCACUGGCAAACACCAUAAGACUACUACUGGCUGUAACCACAACAAGACUACCACUGGCAAGCAUCAGAAAAAGACAACCACAAGCAAGCAUCAUAAACACACUACUACCAAGGGAUGCUCUUGUGAACGCCAUUCAACUACCAAGCAUCAUUCUACAAAGACCAAGCAUCACUCUACCAAGACUUGCUCCAAGCAUCAUUCUACCAAGACCAAGCAUCACUCUACCAAAACUUGCUCUUACACCAAACCUCACAAGACUACCGUAGGCCCUAAGAAGCACCAUCCCACAACUUGCCCUAUUGGCUGUGUUCAAAAAACUGCCACUGUUACCAAGGUUAUUUAUGUUACAGCAGCAUAAAUCAAUCCCUGCAUAUAUAGAAAAUAUACUCUCUCCUAAUACUUGAUUUUAUUUUAAUA